GUCUAGUCUGCCGGAAAACCAUACAAAAAAGAAGAAGUAAACGGUGACCAAGAACAGUUUCCAGGUUAGCGUUAUUUAAGGAUUUAUUAACACUCUGGAACUCAAGAUAUGACUAAUUUAACUGCACAAUAUCACACACUCACCACAUGUAGUCUUUAAUUCGCAUUGGAGACCAGACGUUGUCAAUAGAAGUUAUCUAGGGGACGAUAGCUAGCUAGAUACUAACGUUAGCUAACAAUGGCUAACUGUAUUGUUUUUCACACUCAAAUAGCCUCCAUCAUGGAGGUGCUAGCGAAUGCAGCUGUGACAGAGAUAUGUAAACUCGUAGACGACGACUAUGCAGUGCUUCGUUUGGAAAUAACACAAAGCCAGAAAGAAAACAGGGGAUUGCGGAGGAAACUACAGCUACUGGAACUGAAGGUGGCACGGGAGCGCGCAGAGAGGACAAUGCGAGAGCGCGUCCUCGCCAGUCGUCCCAGUAGUGUCAAGAUCCUCGACCGACACAGAGGAACGGCAAGAGGUGAAGGACAUCUCACUGGAGGCCACAGGAGCUUUGUGAAGCCAGUGGGACACAAUACAUGGAGAGAUGACCAACCAAUCACUGUUGAUGAGGGGAGUGGAACCUCAACCCAGCACGUUAUCAUGAUAGAAUCUGCAGAGGAUGCAGGUCCUGGAGUCAAACAGGAGAGGUCUGAAGGAGAGGAGGACCUACGGCACAGCAGAGACAUCCAGACUGGAGCAGCUGGAGCGCCCCCUGUAGCCACGGAGGACCCCACCACCCCAGUGCAGCCCAGGACCCGACACAGAAUCAUGGAGGAGGAGGACGGUCCAGAGGUGCUGCUGGUGAAGGUGGAGGGGUGUGAGGAGGGUCUGGGGAACCCUGAGGGGAACAUGUCAGUAGACAUGGAGGAUGGGAAGCCUGAUCUGCUGCUGGUCAAAGAGGAGACAGUAGAAGACGGACCAGAGAGCAUCGACCUGCUGAGUGGAUUAAAGAUGGGGGAGCAAGGUGGUUGGCUGGAGGCUAACAGAGCAGACUGGGUGGCCAUCUUGGAUUCCCAGACCCAGACGGGUGCAGCUAAGAGCCCAGGGGACAACGUCACUGAGCAGGCCAGGACCAGAGGGGACAGCAUCAACUUUGGGUUGGGGAACAACACUGUUAAGCACAACCUGAAACAGACAGUCGAUCACAAAACAAAAACCGAACUUAGUCUCCAUGACAACAGACUGGCUGAGACCAGGGCGAGGCGUAGAUUAGGUCUGCGGGGACAGGGACGUGUCCGUAUUCGGCUGGAGAGAACAGACACAGACUUGACUACCGAUGCUCCGUCCUGCUCCUAUAGUUGUGAUUCAGAGAGACUGAUGGCGCCUCAGGUUAACCCCCUAACAGGUGCUGCCUUCAGCAUACCUUCUAUAGGAUCUAUCAACUGGAACAUGGACCCUGCGACAUCACAGACACUCCCUGGCCUUCGUCCUCCUCACACUCUCCUAAUGUUAAACCAGACCUCAGACAAUGCCAGUGCCUCAACACUAAAUGGCUACACAAGCCCAUUGACAAGUGACAGUAGUAGUAAUGCUAUCAGUAGAUCCGGUGACAAAGAGAAGCGCUUCCCGUGUUCAUUCUGUGGGAAAGCCUUCAGUUUCCCCAAACAGGUGAAGAUCCACCAGAGGAUGCAUACGGGGGAGAAACCAUUUGUCUGCCCCCUAUGCCGGGCCAGUUUCUCCCACCCGUCCAACCUGAAGAGGCACCAGAGGGUCCACACAGGUGUGAAACCCUUCAGCUGUACCCAGUGUCACAUGCGCUUCACCCAGGCUGGCCACCUGAAGAGGCACCAGAGGGUCCACACGGGGGAGAAACCCUACAGCUGCCCCCAGUGUGAGAAGAGGUUCUCCCACCAACACCAUCUGAAGAUGCACCUGAAGAUCCACACAGGAGAGAAGCCGUUCGCCUGUACGCUACCUCAGGAUACACCAGCAGAAAAUGCACCCAGCCUUGUAUAGAUUGUAGUGAUAUGUAGUAUUAGCUAGUAUAGUGUAAAGUGACAUGUAAUGUAGGACUAGUUAGUUUGUAGUUAAUUUUGUUGGUUUAGGAUGUAGUAGGGAACUGGAUGAAGUGAACUGAGGAAAGAAUGACUAUGAUGAGGUAGAUAAUGGUGAUGGUUGGUGUGAUGGUGUCUGUAAAAAUGCUUCAAUGAUAAAUUUAUAACGUUGUCUUUUUGUUUGAUGCUGGUGUUUUAUAAUGAGGAAAUUAUAGUGCCUUAAUUCAUGUUUACUUGACAUAAAGUAGUGAAGAUGUGCGUACUGUAAUGUUGAACCUUUUCCAAAGCGAGGGCACCAGAUUUACAGAAAAGGUAAAGUGUUACCAUAGUGAGAAGUUAUUCUACUUGUCACAUAUAUCAUUUGUGCAAUGUUGAGUGUGUGGCCAUUUAAAAAAACAUUCAAUUCAAAAUUGACACUGUGCUGACUGACUUGGUUAUUUUUGUAUCAUUGCAGGGACUGAGUUGCCCUUCUCUGUCUACUCAAAACAUUAUACUUCAUUCUUGAAUCAA